AUGGCGCUGCCGGACCUCAAGUUCCUCGUGCUACUGGGCGGCCUCCCCGGCGAGGGCCUGUGGAGCACGGCCGCGAGUUACGCCGCCCUCGUCGCGCAGAUCAAGGACGCAUUUGGCGACGACUACAACCCGAUCUUCAAGUACAAGCUCCCGUGCAACCCGAAGAUGAUCAGCCCCCCGAAUGGGACGUGCUACAUCGUCAUCGACGACGAGGACGACUUCGAGGUGUGGAAGAACGGCUGCGACCCCGUACCGCACUACCGUGACGCCCUCGACGAUCUGCACCACCCGCCCAACCCGCUCACCGCAAAGCUGUACGUGUACCGCAAGGGCACGCCGGCCUCGUCUGCCCCCGCGCUGCGGGGGUCGGGCGCCAGCAGCAACCCAACGCCAGCACUGAAGGGGGAGACGAGUCCAGCGGUGCUGCACGCGGAGGAGGACGUUGUGAAGAUGCCGCUCUACUCCCUACUCCCACCGCUGCUGCUGCUGAAACUCGGCGUGCGUGUGACGCUGCGGCACAGCAAUGCCGCGGAGGCUAUUCUGCUCAGCAGCCGCGGCGUGUCCGGCGCGGGCGAGGGCCACUGGGGCCUGCUGGUGCGCAAGGCCCAGUCCGCGUGGGGGGUUCAGCGCCCCUCCUUCCGCUACCUGGACCUCGACAGUGGCGUGACGGCGAUGGACGUUUUCAACGCGCGCGAUUACAUGUUCUGGAGUCGUGGGGUGGGGCGCGAGAGGACGGAGCUAGUGGUGCUGGAGCAUGUCCACCGUGGCGACGCCUGCUCACGUCAGACUGCAGAUUUGUUGAUUGCGGAAAGCGAGCGCAUCCGCGCGGCGGAAAGGGCUCGCCUCGUCAACGCUCCCGUUUGCCGUACGGCUCCGAACAGCGGCGGCACCCUUGGGGAUGGGCGUGAGUACACCGUCACUGUGGCGGCGACCGUGCGUGGGGUGGACAACGGACUGUUUGGCCCGUCCUUCACCUCCGAUGCGUUGAUCCCGCCGAAGCGCUCCGCAGUAGACGAGGCGGUGGAGUGCUCGCUGGAGCAUCAUCGGAAGCUUGUCACUACGCUCGCGCGCAGUGGAAUCUUCUAA